AUGGCAAUACCAAGCGCUGCAGCGGCAGAACCAAAGAGGAGUGGGCGAGAAAUAUACAAUGAGGCUUUAAUUAUGAUUGAGGAUAUUUGUAUUCUUAUUUCAAACAUGCCACUCAUCCAUUUUGGCAUGCCGGCGCCGAACCGCCCAGCAGUAGAUAUCAUCAACAGUGAUGUUCAACGUGAACACCAGUUUGAUAAGACUUCGUUGGCUACUUUUGUUGCUAAUAAUGAACAAUUGCUUACAGCUGAACAACGAAAUGUAUAUGAUCAAAUUAAGGGUGUCCCAGCGCCGAGCCCGAACUCCGAAAUGAGUUUAGAAACGAUCGCAGCACACCUGGUGCUCACCACGCCAACCACGUUGAUUUCAGAGCAGUUAGUAUGCCCAAUAUUCGAUGGCUCCGGAGGUGAUGAUUUGAAAACUCAGCACAAAAAAUUCGGAGCUCUCCAGAGUUUCAGAGUGAUCUGUUGUUUUAUCGAGGAGUUAUUUGAUAUAUGCGAUUGCGUUACACGGACGCCACAUAACUAUGGAAAAAUAAGCGGUGGUGGGGGUCGCUGGGACAGCCUUAACGUAUCAAUUGCAGCACAACAAGGUGGAUUCUUUUUUUUGGAUGCACCAGGUGGCACUGGUAAAACCUUUCUCAUCUCACUGAUACUUGCGCGCAUUCGAUCACAAAAUCAUAUUGCAUUGGCCAUUGCUUCAUCAGGCAUUGCAGCGACGUUACUUGAUGGUGGACGGACUGCGCAUUCAGCACUUAAGUUACCUUUGAAUGUUCAUACAAAUCCCGAAGCAAUGUGUAACAUAAAGAAGCAUUCCGGCAUGGCUGAAGUUUUGAGAAAAUGCAAAAUUAUUAUUUGGGAUGAAUGUACAAUGGCCCACAAGCAUUCGCUUGAAGCUCUCGACAGGUCCCUGAAGGAUAUCAAAGAUAAUACUAGGCUUUUCGGUGGUGCUCUACUGCUACUGUCUGGUGAUUUCAGGCAAACAUUGCCAGUAAUUCCACGUGCGACAUAUGCAGACGAAGUAAACGCAUGUUUGAAGGAAUCAUAUCUAUGGCGGAGUGUCAGUAAAUUGAGCCUUACUAUCAAUAUGCGCGUUCAACUACAAAAUGAUCCAUUAGCGUCAGGAUUCUCUGAACAAUUGUUAGACAUUGGCAACGGUAAAAUUCAACUGUAUGAAGAUACCCAAUUUAUUAAAUUUCCAGAGAACUUUUGCAACAUGGUGGCUACCAAAGAUGAAUUAAUAAAUAGUAUCUUUCCAGAUUUAAGAUAUAACUAUACUAAUCAUGAAUGGCUACGAGAGCGAGCUAUUUUAGCUGCAAAAAAUUUAGAUGUAGACGCCAUCAAUUUUAAAAUACAACAGUCAUUGCCUGGUAAUGAAAUUACAUUUAAAUCAAUUGACACCGUUGUUGAUCCUGACGAAGUGGUCAACUAUCCAGUAGAAUUUUUGAAUUCUUUAGAUUUACCUGGAAUGCCACCACAUAAUUUGCGACUGAAGAUUGGCUCACCUAUAAUUUUGCUUCGUAAUUUAAAUGCCCCGAGAUUGUGUAAUGGCACGCGAUUAGUUAUAAAAAAAAUCAUGGGCAACAUUAUUGAAGCGAAUAUUUUAUCUGGAAAAUUCCAAGGUGAAAUUGUACUUUUACCGCGGAUCCCAAUGAUUCCUUCAGAUUCACCUAUACCAUUUAAACGCUUACAAUUUCCGAUCCGUUUGGCAUAUGCUAUGACUAUUAAUAAGUCACAAGGUCAAACGAUGACAUUUUGUGGCUUAGAUUUAGAAAAUCCGUGUUUUUCUCACGGCCAAUUGUACGUUGCGUGUUCCAGAGUUGGAAAACCAUCGAGUUUGUUUGUUUAUACUCCUCAUGGACUAACUAAAAAUAUUGUACAUCCAAUGGCAUUACGCUAAAUUAAGUUUUUGUAAAUUAAAAAUAAAUAAAUAUAUAUGUUAUAAAAUGUUUUGAGUGCAAGCUUUUUCACCUUUCAUUAAAAUGAGUUAAAGUUUUCAUUUACGAUGCUGUUAUUUAUUUAACAAAGUAAUAACUUUUCAAUAAUAAUUUUCAUCAAAGCGGUCC